UUAUAAAUAUUUGUAUUCCUCCUUGAAAUAUAUUCUUGCUUCCCUUUUAUAACUUAUUCCUCUUUUAACAUUUUUUGUUCCUAGAUAAAUAAAACUAUUUAAAUACAUAAGGUUGAGAAUGAUCAAUAAUUUGUAUUUCUGCUAAGAAGUGGGAAGUUCCAAAUUAAAGGAGGGAUUAUUAAUUUUUUUCUUGUUUCUAAAUAAUUGCCCUUUUAAGAGAGAUUUACGCGCACACGAAAAAUAGGCAAAUAAACUAAGCGAAAUGAGUUAAUAAUAAUUUGUUACGUUUAUGUGAGUUAACUGUUAAAUGGCUAAUAAAAAGCAAACAAAUUGCGUCAGUUGGGCGGUCGUCUCGCACACUCAGAUGGAAGUCGAGGCCGGAGUUGAGGCGAAAGUUAUUUUUUUUUUUGUCCCUCUAUUUUCUAACCAGCCAGUUUGGGUGUGUGUUUUGCACCUGUAUCUAUGGGAAAUGGCCGGAGCACGUAGCCAAUAAGUCAGUAUGCCAAACAAUGUGCCACAGUGGGGUUACGGUGGCGCGAAUUGAUAUUGAUGGCUCGUCAGGGGGUUAAAGCGAUGGAAAAUAUACAUCACCGAUCUGGGCAGCAUAAAUCAGACAGUCGGUGUGUGCAUGUCUUAUGCUAAUUACCCCCAUACCCUUACCCUUACCCUUACCCUCAACCUCCACCAUAGAGAGGGGUUGGGUGGGGGGUUUGGACACGGGUGUGACACCCUAAUCGCUAAAGAUGCAAAUGCAUUCGAGACAAGCGGAUGAUGGACCGUUGAGAGCCUGAAGAUGGACACUAAGCAACCGGCUCAAAUUGACUGACAUCUUCACUAUACACUACCAGAUGGUAUUGCUAUUUCGACCACAUGUUUUCAAGUUACUACAGAUUUUGCAAGUUAUGCAGAUGCGAAAUACGAAAUCACUUGCUGAUAUUAAUUAAAAUCAGUGCGGAUUAGUCUUGAUUUUCUGAAAUUGUUAUUUUUUCAUAAAAUCCUAUUUAAAUUAAGCUUAACUCUAACUACGAUAUAAUAAAACAAAUGUCUGUAUUUAUUCAAAAUUUGCUGGGUAUCGGAUAUUUAGAAUAUGAUUUUUCAUAUAAUCCGUCAUCUAGUGAUGAUAUAACUACGAUAUAAUAAAACAAAUGUGUGUUAAUUCAAAGUUCGAUGGGUAUCGGAUAUUUAGAAUACGAUUUUUCAUCAUUAUCAAUCAUCUAGUGAUUAUUUGAUUUUACAAACACAGGUGCCAUGAAAACACUGUCAAGUGAAACAGCUUAAAUUGUCACAGCUCUAGUUGGACUAUUUUGGGCACACAAAUUCUUUCCUAUUUUAUUUGCCAUAUUUUUCCCGGGAAGAAUGACUCAAAGGUGCGAGACCACCAACUGUGGCAAAGAGGCCACCCUGCAGUGUCCCACCUGCCUGAAGCUGGGCAUCAAGGGGUCCUACUUCUGUUCGCAGUCCUGCUUCAAGGGAUUCUGGAAAGAGCACAAGGCAGUCCAUGCCACUGUGACGCCACACCAAGUGCCCGUCGAUUCGUGGCCGCAGUUCCGUUUCACCGGCAAGUUGCGACCAUUUGCACAGACAUCCAAGCGGCAUGUUCCGGAGGGGAUUCCCCGUCCGGACUACGCCGAUGAGCCAUCGGGACGUUCCUUCGACGAGGAGGCUCUGCGUGGCAAUGCAAUCAAGGUCCUGGACGACGAGGAGAUCGAGGGGAUGCGGUUGGCAGGACGAUUGGGCAGAGAGUGCCUGGAUGCGGGCGCCAAGGGCGUGGAGGUGGGCACCACCACCGACGAACUGGAUCGACUGGUCCACGAGGCGGCCAUCGAACGGGAGUGCUAUCCCUCGCCCUUGAACUACUACGGAUUCCCCAAAUCCUGCUGCACCUCGGUCAACGAGGCGAUCUGCCAUGGCAUUCCCGAUCUGCGACCUUUGGCGGAUGGCGAUCUAUGCAACAUCGAUGUGACCGUCUAUCAUCGCGGCUUCCAUGGCGAUCUCAACGAGACCUUCUUCGUGGGCAAUGUGACGGAGGAGCACAAGAAGCUGGUGCAGAUCACCCACGAGGCUCUGGGCAAGGCCAUUGAGUUUGUGCGUCCGGGCGAGAAGUACUGCGACAUUGGCAACGUGAUCCAGGAGCAUGUGACUCCGCACGGAUUCAGUGUGGUGCGCAACUACUGCGGUCAUGGCAUCCAUCGGCUAUUCCACACGGCCCCCAGUGUGCCGCAUUAUGCUAACAAUUUGGCCGUCGGUGUGAUGGCACCGGGUCACUGCUUCACCAUCGAGCCCAUGAUCUGCAUGGGCGUCCAGAAGACAGAGACCUGGCCAGAUGACUGGACCGCCGUCACCGCCGAUGGCCUGUACUCCGCCCAGUUCGAGCAGACGCUCCUGGUCAACGAGUCCGGAUGCGAGAUCCUCACCAGGCGGCGCGGGAACAACGGACAACCCUGGUUCAUGGACAAGAUGUGAGGCGACGUUGGCUUCACAACUCCAAGAGAUUCAAGCUUUAACUUCUCAUUUUAAAAUAAAUUCUUGAGUUUUUAUUCCGAGGAAAAUCACUGCUUUUUUAAAUAUGAU